AGUCCAGGCAGUGGAGCCUCAGCGCCUGUCCUCAGUGGCUCUGUAGAAUGGGCUGGAAAGCCAACCUUCAACAGACUUUUUACGCGACAGUCAAGGUAGCCUGAAGCCUGGCCGGAUGACUCAGGGAGUCCUUUGUGCUGAAAUUUCAGGAUAGACCUUCACCCCAGCAGUCACUUUUGGGGCCACAAGGGAGCCACAGCUAGGUCUAAAGUGGCAGAGCCUGGUGUUUCUGGAGAGUGAGGAAUAAUCACUUCCUGCCUUUGUCCUUUAGUGACUGGAGCAACCAGCUUCGUUUACAUUCCUUCAGUGGUGUUAUUGAAGAGGCUUGGCAGCUCCAAAAUGUUUGCAGUGUCCUUUAGUCCCAUUAGGACUUUUUUUUUUUUCCGCUAGCUUUUAGCUAGCAUCUGGAAAGAUCCACUGAACACACUGGGCUGAUUUUUCAAGAAUCCACUUUACCCUUGAAGGAAACCCGGAAAGGAGCAAGCUUCCACCAUCUAACUCUGGAGGAAUUGUACAGCCUCUCAAACUACGGAGUCCCAGGCAUGCAGUAGAGCCUCACUGGUGGAAAUGUCAGCUUGGACCAUGGGUACCCGCAGUUUGGACAAGCGAGGAAGUUUCUUUAAGCUCAUUGACACAAUCGUCUCGGAGAUCGGAGAACUGAAACAGGAGAUGGUGCAAACAGAUGUCAGCUUGGAAAAUGGCCUGGAACCCACUGAAGCCCACAGCAUGGUAAGACACAAGGACGGUGGCUAUUCUGAGGAAAACGAUGUGAAAACCUGUCCCCGGUACUCUGGCUAUGACAGCCUCUCCAACAGGCUCAGCAUUUUGGACCGGCUUCUUCACACCCACCCCAUAUGGCUGCAACUGACUCUGAGUGAGGAGGAGGCGGCGGAAGUCCUACAGUCCCAGCCUCCGGGGAUCUUUCUGGUUCGUAAAUCCACCAAAAUGCAGAAGAAAGUAAUUUCACUUCGCCUGCCCUGUGAAUUUGGAGCCCCACUCAAGGAAUUUGCCAUAAAGGAAAGCACAUACACCUUUUCCCUGGAAGGCUCAGGAAUCAGCUUUGCGGAUUUAUUCCGGCUUAUUGCUUUCUACUGCAUCAGCAGGGAUGUUCUGCCGUUUACCUUGAAGUUGCCUUAUGCCAUUUCAACAGCCAAGACGGAGGCUCAGCUUGAAGAACUAGCCCAGCUGGGACUAAAUUUUUGGAGCUCUCCAGCUGACAACAAACCCCCAAACCCUCCACCUCCCCAUAGGCCUCUCUCCUCAGACGGUGUUUGUCCUGCCUCCCGUCAGCUCUGCCUUAUAAAUGGAGUGCAUUCUAUAAAAACCAGGACGCCUUCAGAGCUGGAGUGCAGCCAGACCAACGGAGCCCUGUGUUUUAUUAAUCCUCUUUUCUUGAAAGUGCACAGCCAGGACCUCAGUGGAGGCCUGAAGCGGCCCUGCACAAGGACUCCCAACGCGAAUGGCACUGAGAGGCCUCGGUCCCCCCCACCCAGGCCCCCGCCACCGGCUAUUAAUAGUCUGCACACAAGCCCUCAGCUGUCCAGGACUGAAACCCCGGCGAGUAUGCCAGAAACAGUCAACCAUAACAAACAUGGGAACAUAGCUCUGCUUGGAACGAAACCAACCCCCAUCCCUCCACCCCGGCUGAAGAAGCAGGCUUCUUUUCUCGAGGCAGAAGGCGGCGCAAAGACCUUGACCGGCAACCGGCCUUGCCGGGGCCGGGAGCAGGAGCCUGAGCAGGAGCCCGGCACAGCUGGCAGCCCAGGUGGCGCCCCGCCUGCAGAGGCCCAGGGGGAUUGCACAAGCGCGGAGCCUGCCAGCUCUGAAUCACGGCCCCCGUGGCAUGGAGGCAGACAGAGGCUCAGCGACAUGAGCAUUUCCACUUCCUCCUCCGACUCGCUGGAGUUCGACCGCAGCAUGCCCCUGUUUGGCUACGAGGCCGAUACCAACAGCAGCCUGGAGGACUAUGAAGGGGAGAGUGACCAGGAGACCAUGGCCCCCCCAAUCAAGUCCAAAAAGAAGAGGAACAGCUCCUUCGUGCUGCCCAAGCUUGUCAAGUCCCAGCUCCGUAAGAUGAGCGGAGUGUUCAGCUCUUUCAUGACCCCGGAGAAGCGCAUGGUCCGCAGGAUCGCUGAGCUGUCCCGGGACAAAUGCACCUAUUUCGGCUGCCUGGUGCAGGACUACGUGAGCUUCCUUCAGGAGAACAAGGAGUGCCAUGUGUCCAGCACGGACAUGCUGCAGACCAUCCGGCAGUUCAUGACCCAGGUGAAGAACUACUUGUCUCAGAGCUCAGAACUAGACCCCCCCAUUGAGUCGCUGAUACCCGAAGACCAAAUAGAUGUGGUGUUGGAAAAAGCCAUGCACAAGUGCAUCUUGAAGCCCCUGAAGGGACACGUGGAGGCCAUGCUGAAAGACUUCCACGUGGCUGAUGGCUCAUGGAAACAACUCAAGGAGAACCUGCAGCUCGUGCGGCAGAGGAAUCCACAGGAGCUGGGGGUCUUCGCCCCAACCCCUGAUUUUGUGGAUGUGGAGAAAAUUAAAGUCAAAUUCAUGACUAUGCAGAAGAUGUAUUCACCUGAAAAGAAAGUCAUGCUGCUGUUGAGGGUCUGCAAGCUUAUUUACACUGUCAUGGAGAACAACUCAGGGAGGAUGUAUGGCGCUGACGACUUUCUGCCAGUCCUGACCUAUGUCAUAGCUCAGUGUGACAUGCUGGAACUGGACACGGAAAUCGAGUACAUGAUGGAGCUCUUAGACCCUUCACUGUUACACGGAGAAGGAGGUUAUUACUUGACAAGCGCCUAUGGGGCACUUUCUCUGAUAAAGAAUUUCCAAGAAGAGCAAGCUGCGAGACUGCUCAGCUCAGAGACCAGAGACACCCUGAGGCAGUGGCACAAACGGAGAACCACCAACAGGACCAUCCCCUCAGUGGAUGACUUUCAGAAUUACCUCCGAGUUGCAUUCCAGGAGGUCAACAGUGGCUGCACGGGGAAGACCCUCCUUGUGAGACCUUAUGUCACCACCGAGGAUGUGUGUCAGCUCUGUGCGGAGAAGUUUAAGGUGGGGGACCCUGAGGAGUACAGUCUCUUCCUCUUUGUUGAUGAAACGUGGCAGCAGUUGGCAGAGGACACUUACCCUCAAAAAAUCAAAGCUGAGUUGCACAGCCGGCCACAACCCCACAUCUUCCACUUUGUCUACAAGCGCAUCAAGAAUGAUCCUUACGGCAUCAUUUUCCAGAAUGGGGAAGAAGAUCUCACCACCUCGUAGAGACACACAGGACUGUGAAGUGGUGCCUUCAAAGGGGGGUUAGGAACUUGCCUUGUGGCUUCCAUGUGCUUGUGCUUGAAAGGCAGUCACCUCCUUGGGGACCCCUCAGUUCAGUGACUAAGCCAUCCACAGGCCAACUUGGCCGAGGGCAUCUUUAGCCACAUUGCCCUGAGGUUCGUGAAACAGUAGGAUUCUCCUUCAGAGAUGGAGAAUUGCAUUUGAUGGUUCAAGUGUCCGAGAAUGCUUGCUACCUAUCGCAGCCAGGUUCUAGGUGGGCUCACAUGUAUGUACAUGUACCAAAUAAACAUCUAAGGCACAAGCUCUUCUAUUGAAUUCAACAGCAGGCGUUUGACAAGACUGGCCGAUGCAGUGCGUCAGGUACUUCUCAGUUCUGUGGAUGGCUCCAUCCUUUCAUUCCUUUCUUUUCCCUUUUCUUCCUUUCCCUUUUCUUAUCUUCCUUUCUUUUUUUUUUUUUUUAUAAAGAGCCUUUGUUUUUGUAUAUUUCAUAGAAAUUUUUAUAGCAGUUGCAGGUAAACUGUCAGGAUUGGUUUUUAAAAUAUUUUUGUAACUUUAAAAUAUUCUAUAAUUAUGCAUGUGAUUUUAACAUUUAAUAUUCAUAAAGAAAUCUCUUGCUGGAUUUGAGAGUAUUGCAUUUUAAAAGUCUCUCUUCUGUAACUGGAUGUUUCAGCAACUUUGUGAGGAGAGACUGCUGGAUUUCUUAAAUUGAUGUAUUACUGACACUGGCCACAGAAUGCCUUUGAAAAUCUGAUGUACUGUUACCUUGUUGACGCUCAGUUGUAUUGUGCUGUUAUGUGUUUUAACCAAGUGAUGCUGAGGACCAGGAAAGAAAUGAAUGUAGAGAGAGGUCGAGAGAGAAAUACAGACUCUAACGAAGAACUAAGGAGUGUAGUCUGCUGGUUCAGGCUCCUCCAAGGAAGUGGGAAAAGGAGAUGGAAGAAACCAUCUAUGCUAAGAAUACUGUAAAUAUGCAAUGAGAUUUGGCAAAAUCUACCCCAUGUUAUUUGCUUUUGGAAACAAUUUUGAAAAAAACAAAGAAAAAAAAAUAAGGAUGAAACUUUUAUUUUCCUUUCCCACGUAAGUCAAAACCAACAGCAUCAAAUUAUUUGGGGCAGAAAUUAAGUAAUAUGUAAUAUGACUUUCCCUGAGUUAAAUAAGAUGCUGUUUGGCAAAAAGUUUGCACCAAAAAGUCCAUCUGCAUUAUAAGAAUGUUUGGUGAAGUUAAAUUUAUGUUUUGUGAAACCUGUUUGGGAGUGCACAAAGUGUGAGGAUCUUGUAUCAAUGUAACACAGGUAGUUACAAAAACAUGUUAUUGUACUGUGUAAAGAUGCCUAGUCAUCUGAUUUGGUUGGCUUUGUACCUUGUUCCUUUGUUAACUUUUGUGAUCCAUCUAGAACCCUCAGCACAUACCGUGUUGUACUUCCUUUUGUAAAUGAUUUUUAAAUGGAAUUUUGCACAUAAUACAUUGUAAUGCUGUACGAUAAUUGUGUGUGAAAAUAAUUUUUGAAAUAGUC